AUGGUCGGUGCGGCGCAGUAUCUAGACGAGGAGAUUGACUGGGUUCUCUCUGCCGUCGUCGGCAAGAAGAAGCAGUCGUACAUCCAGACGAACUUCAAGGAUAAGUUUGGGCGCAGCUUGAACCAUAAUCAGAUUCGUUACAUUAAGAACAAAUAUGGUAAAGACCCUAGGUUUAAUAGCCCGUUGGUGAAUACUCGAGCUCCCAGAAUAGCCACAUCACCCAAGCCCGGAGAUCCGGACGAGCAGGAAGGCGAAAAUGAGAAAGGCAAUGAGAUUGAUUUCGGAAGUCCGAGAGAGGAGAGACCAUCGAGAAACACAGGGAAGCGGCAAGAUGAGUCAAAGGAUGAAGUGGUGGCGAUGAUACGGGCGAAGCGCAAGAGAGGUGCUGAUGAUUCGGGUUCCGGCCGGCCAAGGUUCAUCAAGAAAAUCAUCGGGCCACAACGACCACAGCUUCAACGAGAUCGGGUGUUAAAGACUGUUGAGUAUGAGACGCCUCCACAACACUGGAACGCCCUCGAUCUUCAGCUAUCUACAUCGCAUAUCAAUUCGACUUCUACGCCACCAAAUUCUCUGGGACAUGGCUAUAAUGAUACUCAAUAUCCACAUACAGAAGCAUAUGGUAGCACGAGGCAGCAGACGCUCUCGCAAUGUCACGACAUCAGUACUGGCAUUGGUUGGACACCAUCUGUGUCGUUGACUACCUGGGGAACCGACUCUCCCGUGUUUACGAAUGUCAGCCAUAGCAUGAACCCAUCGGCUUUGACAUAUCCUACUUCAACGACGGAGCAGUUGUAUCGUCAUUCAGCCGAGCAAACUCAAACGCUCCCCCAAACGCCCACAAUCCAGUACCAACCGCAGCUGGUCCAACCUCCCUCAGUCUCAUCAUUCUCGCCACUUAUACCGAACAUCACUCCGUAUCCCUAUCAUAGCUACCAAGAGCAGCAGUACCAUCAACCGUCGCAGAGAGAACAGGAUGCUUACCUUCGCCUCGGACCCCCUGAGAACCCAGACUUUCCCAGUCUCACCACAUCGGAAGUGGGAGGACAGCCUUCUCUAGACACUCUUUCUAGCGUCAUACCAUUUCCGCUCACCCCAAACUUCCAAGAGAUGCCCAUCGAGCCGGCAUCUUCCCAGGGCAUCGCCGAGCUAUCGACCUUGACCUUGGCCGCAGGAGAUGUCCACGAGCACCACUAG